AUAACUACAUUGCAUAUAGGUCGGUCUUUCGUAUAAUUACGAUUCAUAAUAGCUAUUGUAAGUCAAACCUCAUAUUGAUCAGCAUGGAUUCAAUCUUCAGUUAUGACUGGGAUUUUGUUGAACCUCCUUCUGAUGAAUACAUCUGCUCAGCUUGUAACAGUGUGCUAAAGAAGCCAAUUCUGACAGGGUGCUGCAAGAAAUAUUUCUGCAUUUGGUGUCUCAAUAAUCCAGAUGAUGAAGAUGAUAUGAAGCUUUACUGCCACAAUUGUUCGCAAAUAUGUUUAUCCUCUGUACUUGAUGAACAAAAAUGGGAGUACAUUCUAAACUUGAAUGUGAAGUGCCCAUUUUCUCACCGUGGUUGUCUUUGGACCGGGGAACUUCAUGCAAGAGCAAGUCAUCUUAAGCCAGAGACAGGAGACUGCCAAUACAAAGUUGAAGAAGAAGUGCUGUCACCUGUCGAGAAUUUAGACGUUAGUCAAGAUCUGAACAUUACGGAUACUAUUCUUCUUUAUGACUUUGAUUUUGUUGAGCCUCCCCCGAACGAAUUUAUCUGCUCAGCUUGUAACAGUGUUCUAAAGAAGCCAAUUCUAACAGGGUGCUGUAAAAUGCAUUUCUGCACAUGGUGUUUCAACAACCCACACGAUGAGGACGAUAAAACUCGUUACUGCCCCGAGUGUGAAAAAAUAUGUUCCAUAUCAAUAAUAGAUGACUCAAAAUGGAAGCGUAUUCUUGAGUUAGAUGUGAAGUGCCCAUUUUCUCACCGUGGUUGCCUUUGGACAGGGGAAAUUUGCGCGAGAGCAAAUCAUAUUCAAACAGAAACAGGAGAUUGCCAAUAUAUUAACAUUGAAUGCAAAUAUGGUUGCGAAGAAGAGCUUGAGAAAUACGAUUAUGAAGAACAUUUAAAAUACUUUUGCCCACGGCGACCAGUGACUUGCGAGUACUGUGGUAUGAAUGGUGAACAAGUAGUGGUUAGCGGAGAACACAAGAAAGAUUGUCCAGAUAUCCCCACCCCCUGUCCCAACAGCUGUGGAAUAGAGCCUGUCAAACAGAAGGACUUGCUGCAACAUUUGUUAGAAUGCCCAGAGGAGAUAGUUGAAUGUAGCUUCAAUUAUACAGGGUGCAAUUUUGAAGCUAAAAGGAAGAAGUUGAUAGAGCAUAUUCAAGAAAAUUCGCUAAAACAUAUUCAGUUGCAAACCCAAUUUUUUGUCAAAGAACUUGAUAAAAAAGACGAUUUAAUACAUAAACUGGAAACAGAAAAAGAUCAACAACUAUUUGAGUUGUACAACUGUCAUAUUAAAGAGCUUAUAAAGUUAGUAGAGAUGUGUGACAUACCGUAUCGAGAGCUUCGUAUCGAUUCCGAAAAAAUUGUAAAAGACGUUCAAUGCAAUUACAAGAAACUAAAUGAGGAAACAGCAUCAACUGCUCAUUUAACUUGGCAAAUAUCAAGAGACCAAUUAAGAUAUACCACAUUGUUGUCUCCUGACAAAAAUGAAGAUACGUGUGAAGGUACCUACAAAGAUGCUCCAGUGGCCAUAAAAAUGCUUCCGCUGGGAAUCUCGUCAGUAGAUUUUCUUCAGGAGGCUCGUACUCUAAUGAAACUAGACCAUAGUAACAUCAUUAAGCUUCACGGGAUAGUGUCCAACAGUGAGCCGAUUUGUAUAAUACUAGAGCGUAUGGAUCAUGGAACUUUAGAGCAGUAUCUACGAUCGACAGGUAGAUUCCUUUUACACCAGCAAAUAUCAAUGUGUAAACAAGUUGCACAAGGACUUGACUAUCUUCACCAGAACCUUUGCAUACAUCGAAACAUUAGAGCUGAAACAAUUUGUAUUGGACAAAAAUGUGUCUGUAAAAUUUCCAACUUUAAAAAAGCCAAACAGUUAACUUAUUACAAAGAAGAGUACAUAGCUUCAAAAGAGGAGAUGAUACCAGCUAGAUGGAGCCCCCCAGAAGUCCUUUUGGAACGAAAAUUCAUCUUAAAAUCAGACGUGUGGUCCUAUGGAGUACUAAUGUAUGAAAUUGCAACACGUGGUCGAACACCAUAUCCGAACCAAAGUAAUGUAGAGGUCAUUCAAAGAAUUAUUUCUGGACAUUGUAUGUAUCAACCGAGCAAUUGCCCCCCAAAGCUUUAUUCUUUAAUGCAAGAUUGUUGGAAAUCUAAUCCUUGGAGAAGACCAACAUUUGAAGCAAUAAUAGACUUACUAGAACAUGUCAAAGAUUCGCAUGACUAUGCCACAGUUAUUAUUUAACAACCUUUUAAGUCAACUGCUAAACAUUGCUAAUUAUGCGACAGUUUAGUUUCAUUUUAACUGUCAAAACAAAUUUACUAACAGUAAUGAUUAUUUAACAAUCAUCAUCACUAUCGUUAACCAACUGUU